CUUCCUUUUCUGUCAUAUCAGUAUGAUUUUUUAAUUUUCUAAUUUUGAUAGAAUCGGAAUAUUAUGCGACUUUUUCUCCCUGAAAAUUUUUGAAAGCCAUGCAAUUAUUAGUUCUUCUGAAUGUGAUAUUGAAUGUACUUUGUGUAGCCGGGAAAGGAUGGAACUCAGAUGAUUAUAUAGAACAUUUUACAGACGGAUAUAUUUCACAAUGGAUAAGUUACUUAAAGCGCUUUUCAUUAGCGGUUUUUAUCUUCUCGGGAGUAAUUUUAUACUAUAUUCCGGAGACACGCUCACAUGCAAGGAAAGGAUGUUGCUUUUUAAUAGAUAAUAUUGCCGAGGGAUUAAAAACUAUUCUAUGUUUAAAGGAAAGUGAAAUAAACCUGGGUCGUAAAAAGUCUCAUUUUGCUGAUAGUGUUAUCCUCGAAAGACAAAGUAAAAAUUUGUAUAAAAAUGAAAAUGUGAAUUUUGAAAACGUCAGACAUCGCAAGGAGGUGGAGGAAUUUAGGCAGAAAGAAGACAGGAAAGAAAAGAGUAAAAGAAUUCGAGAAAAAUUAAAAAGUAAAAUAAAUGGAAAAUUCACAAAUUAUACUAAACAUCAUCAUCGAAAUGAAAAGCACAAGUCAAUGAAAGAUGUCAGGGAAUCAAAUAGACAUAAUCAGGAAUUUAUAACACCUUUAAGUUUUGAUCAUGUCGAAACCGGAAAUGAGUAUUUCAUUGAUGAUGGAUCCACUGAUUUAUCGCCAAUAUAUUCCACUAGAAAUUGCACUUCAUAUUUUAUAAGUGGAAGUCCUCAACAAAUGGCAAUGCUAGAUGAGAAAGACAAUUUCAAGAUUGACGUUCCUCUCAAAUUAUAUCCGGUUAAACCAAAAUAUGAUAAAAGAAAAAUUAAUUUUGACACGGUAGGCGAAAAGGAGUUACAAAAAGGAACUUGCAGUGUAGCUAAAAUAAUGUCUACUGCUGAAACGGUGAUUUUGAAUCAUCCAGGAUUAAAAUCGACGUGUGAAGUUGGUCCAGUAGAGAAGGUGAAACAAAUACAAUUGAUCAAAGAUUCAGAAAGUAAGGAGGCAAAAGUUUAUUAUGAAAGGACCCCUCGAUUGAAGGAAAAAAUGAAUGCAGAAUUUAGAUACAAGGAAAAAUCUGGAAAUGUGAAUGAAACUGAGAAGUUCCUACAAGCAGAAGAAAAUGAUGAAAAUUAUUACAAAUCUACUGGAACGGUAUUAUUAUCUGAAUUGGGGGACCAAAUCAAUAAAUUAGAUCUUACGGUAAGAAAGGUCCACCCACCAUCAAAAAAAGAAAUGAUGGAAAAAGACGGCAGGGAAGAAUAUGCAUUGCAAGCUGUAGAGGCUGUUUUGAAAGAUAUAAAACGAGGCUUUCAAGAGUACGAUGAAGGAGUUAAGCGACGAAAAUUGAGAACUUCUGGAACGAUUUUAUCAGAAGAGAAUAUAGAACAUGAUAAUAAAAUAAAACCGAGAGAAGCUGUUCAAACUAGGUCCAGUGACGAUGAAAAUGAUAAAUUUAUUGAUCAACCUCCUAUAAAAUUUAAUGACAGGAAAGUGAAAUUAUCAGGGAAAAGUAAUUACACGAAGAAAGAGUGGAAAAAAGAAAAAGGAAAGAAGAUUUCUUCUAAAGAUAAUAGAGACGAAGACAUCAGUGAGAUUGACGAUAUUAGUGACGAAGAAAUUCCGUUAUUAAGAAAUCGAUACAAACCACUAUUAUCUCGUGCUGUUGAUUGGCUUUUUGGACGAUGUCCGCAUGCAGAAAGAAUUACACCUUGUGUUCCGGAAAAUCACUGGGACGAUUAAAAUUAUUGAGAAUAAUUUAAGUAAACGAAACAAAUUCCAUGCAAUUACAGAAGUUUUAUACAAAAUCUUGUACAUUUUUUUA